ACCAAUAAUUACUCAUACUCUUAGCCGUUAACCCAAUCUCUGCCAUGGCUGACCCAUUACCCACACGAUGGGAAAUCGAGUUGGAAUUCGUGCAAGCGCUCGCCAACAUCCAAUAUCUCAACUUUCUUGCGCAAAACAAGUACUUGUCUGACCCACAGUUUUUGAGUUAUCUCAAAUACCUCGAGUACUGGCGUCAUCCUGAUUACGCCAAGUUUUUGGUCUAUCCCAACUGUCUUCAUAUCCUCACGCUACUACAGAACGAGGAGUUCAGGACACAGAUUCUCCGCGCGGACGUCGCUGGGGCGAUCAUGAAUGACAUGGUGAAUAGGUGGCAGGAACCAUCCAGCGUUUUUUCGGCCCUCACUCCGGUGGACGAUCUAAGCGGAAAGACUGAAAAGGGAGAUGAGGAGGCGGAGGCACCGUCGAAUGGUACCGUUCUUCCCACGGUGAGUGUUAACUCGCCUGUUUAGCUGGUGAAAGGCAACCAGUAAAGGAAAGGGACGGACCUAAAAGCGUGGGAUUAUACUGAUAGAGAAAACGGCAUUGCCGCCAUGGAGCUACCCCUGAUCUAUGCAUUUUAAACCCUAGAGACCAAAAUAACGUGUAUUGGCAAGCAGGGAGAUGUAUAGUCUGUCAGAGUCAUUAUCUAGUUUAUAGCAUGGUGCAUAUCCCCAGAAAGUUAGUCGCACUGUAAGCACUCUUUAUGUUAGUAUCAAUCACCAAACGCUCA